CAACUCUUUCUCAUCCCGUCUCAUCGCGUGUGUCGCUCUUCAACCAACUAGUCCGACUGUACUCUCUCUCUUCGGAGAACUGCCCGCCGAAGUCACAGCCAUGGAAGAAGACAACAUAAUAAUGCCCGUUUGACCCACGGAGCUUGUCCAAGAUGCCAGGCCUUCUGUCCAGUCCUGUUUGUCUCACAGUCAUCUGGUUUUUGUCUUGGUCACUGCCUCCCAGCCGUGCUCAGAUUUGGAGUGAUGAAGUGUCGGACGUGCAGUUUGGGCGUUUGGAGUCGAACGUGACACUGGCAUGUAGGAAGUCACAAAUCAGUUUCCCUGUGGUGUGGCGUCACAACCACAGCUCCGUGUUGUCGUGGCACCAAGUGACAUCCAACGGAAGCUUAGUCCUGUUUCUCGUCGACCUAUCAGCACAGGGCAACUACAGCUGCUAUGACGACAGCGGGCUCCUCCUCCACUCGGUCAUACUCCGACUGGGCUAUCCCCCUGGGCUGCUAAGCAUUUCCUGUCGUGUACCCAAUCACACACUUGUUCGCUGCUCCUGGAGGGACUCUGUGAAAACCUUCCUGCCAUCCAAGUACAACACCUCCUUCAGAGGGAAGGAAGAGAAGGAGCCAAUCAAAUUGUGCAUCGUGGACUCCACCAACAGGCACUGUGUCGUACAAGAGCCCGCAUUCUGGCAGACUAUCCACACAUUUGGAGUCACAGAGACAAACGCUCUUGGAUCCCAGACAUCUUACCGCAAAAUCAGACUAAAUGAGCUUUUGAAACCAGACCCUCCACGGUCUGUGUUCAUACAGGAAGUGGAAGGUUAUCCAUCAAAGUUAUGGGUUUCAUGGAAGAAUCCAUCGUCUUGGCCAGAGGACCAUUUCUUUCCCCUGAAAUUUCAUAUUCGAUACAGACCACAGGGAUCCAUGCAUUGGUCAGAGAUGAUGACAGAAGAGAAUUCAAUUGAAAUACCCGAUGCCACAGCACACCACUCCAACCAGGUUCAGGUUCGAACCCGCGACGACGUCAACCCGGAGAGCCAGUGGAGUGAAUGGAGCCCCCUGAGUUUCCAUACGCCCUGGCAAGCCGACACCACCACUCACCCUUCAGAUGACCCAGACGAUAUCGAUCUCUUCAGCACACCGUCUGAAACUUUCACCUCCAAAAUCGACGGUGUCGUGCAAGGGGAUGAUGGUAAUUUGGGUCUGGUGAUCCUCUUGGUUUUGUUCUCCAUCUUCAUACUUACCACCGUCCUUUCCCUUAUUUUUGUCAUAUGGAUGAGACAGAAACGGCGGGAACAUGCAACCAAACAAGAACUCGCCUCUAUGGUCAAGAUGAAAUCUAUGCCAAUCUAAUGAGACACUUACCUGGCAGCAUUUAAUGUGUCAAGGUUUGUUUGAAGUGUCCACAACCUGUCAGCUUCAGCAGUGAGUAAACGUCUACUCCACACCACUGUGACAUGCUGACCAUCCACAUUUCAGCUGAAAUUAUGAACAGAGCAUUACUCCAUCCAACUUCCAGGACAACGGGGACAAGAGUGGAACGGAGACUUUUUCGGUAUUUACCACAUGACUGCAGGGGAACAGUUUUGGAAGCCUCACUGAACUUAUUCGGGGGCAUCCAAUUAACUGCACUACCCAUAAUGCAUUAGAGAGUCGUCAGGAGAAACCUGAGACCAAACUCUGCGUACUUAAGCCGCGAUAACUCCUCGGAGGAACGAAAAAUAACACAGCACCACAACAAUUCUACUUUCACAACCAAUGCUGCUUCAGGUGAACUGACUCUUUGUGCCUUUUGAACUUUUUUUUUUUUUUUUUACCAACAAAAUAGGACAAGAAAUUCAGCCAAACACAAAGAGAUGAGAUUUUAUUGUGGAACCGCUUGGCUCUUUCUCCCCAACCAGAACAUUUCCAUUUCAUUCAUUUAUUUUAUGAGUCUCUCUGUGUGAAUAAACACAAUCAUUCUUACGUUGACUGACUCAAUGCUGUGAAGGAAGCAGAAGCUCUGCCAGUCUGUGUGAGUGUGUCUGAUGCCAAAGCAGCAACAAUGGGCAUUACAGCCUCUGCUGGAGGGGGUGGGUGGGAGGUGAAGGGGAGAUUAGAAAACAAUCUUUAACCUGCUUUGGACCUGAGGGACAUUAUGGGUUUUGGAGAAUGAGGGCCAAGGAGGAAAUGUUGGGUAGUAAGGACUUUAUCUGGUUUAUAAUGAACGAUUUUAUGUUGCAUGAUACCAUGAUAUGUUGCAUGAAUGGUUUUACAUUGCAUGACCCCAUUAUGCUGUCUGUCACUUAAAGUACAUGUAUUUUCUUGUUCAUUUAUGUCUUUUAUCCAUGGACAAUUUGUAUUUAUGUGACUGAAAGACUGAGAAGGAAAAGAGGAGAGACUGGCCUUUCAUACAUCACCAGCAUUAAGACGUCACUUACUUAGUCAUAUAUAAAAGAUCUCAGAAAGUUUUCGAUACACAAUUAAAUUCUAUCACCUUCCAUCACAAGUUGAACCCAUUGAAAUUGAAUUGAAAAAAUCAAUGGAAAACUACAUUAAAACGUACAGAAAUAUUCGCUUUUUGCAGACAAUUUGCAAAUAAAGCAAGAAAUGUAUAGUGUAAUAAAUAUCAAGUCCUUUUAGGGCCCUUUUAAACUGUACUAAAACCAGAACAUGAUGUUAAAAUGGUCUUUGCAGUGUGAGAGAGUUUCUCAACUGUUUGGUUCAUUGUCAUGGUGGCAUCCUGUUUCAGUGUUGCAUGAAGGAGUCCUGCAUUGGUAACCUUGUUCAUGAUAUGUGGGGAUUAUGCACCACAGUUGGUUUGGUCAUCAGAAUUUGAGACACUGGCCUACAAACUAAUUCUACUCAAACUCAAGAACUCAAGUAAUUUAUUACUUUGCAGACCAGCUGCUAUUCACACAAGGCUCUCCAGGCUGCAACCAAUAGGAUCUUACCGAGCAGCUUAAACACACACUCCAUGCUAAUAAAUACACUCCCUCCUUGAACAUAGAUAUAGUUUUGUACUGGGCGUCAAACAAGGUUCCACAGAUGUGGAGAAGUGCACACAACUCCAAAUUGUGCAUAUACAACUUGUGCAAAAAGUUUUAUUAUUCUUGCUGCAGUUCAGAAUUAAAAAAAUAAAAUAAAUAAAUACCCAGAAGCCGCUUCAUAGUUGCAUAAAAGUAAUUGCAAGCAUGAACACUCCAGUACCAAUUACUUUAAUUUCUCUCAUUUCAUACAAAUUGAUCUGUUGAGAUCUCAAGGCAUGCGUGCUUUCAGAGCAUUAUCCAAAGGGGCGUGGUUUACAACACCAGGCAUUUUUCUCAUUAAUAUGAAUCUGAUGAAUCUUAAGAGGAAAUUCCUGCUAACCUUUGUGUCACGUUUCUUAUUCAGACUGCAAUUGUAAUACAGGCAAAGUUGCUGCUCACUAUCCUCAGUGUUAUGAACUACGUCAUAUUCUGCUGACCAGCGUAUUUUUCAGAUUGUGCAAAGACUGAAAGAAGAUUAUGUGAUGGAUCAGGAGGUGGAUCGAUUUACCACCUUUGAGAAAGCAUAUUGACCACCGAAGAAAAGUUUGCUUCGAAGGCUGGCGAUGAGUAGGGGGAAGGAGGAAGACUAAGCAGAAGCCACUAAGGUUAAAAUCAUUACAUGCAAGCACUACAUAAAUAAUUGUGGUGCCACUUUCUCUGAAGGCUGAAACUGAAGGUUGAGGUGCAGAAACCUCACAUAUAGAGUGGUGACAGAGAUUAAACAAAUUGUCAGAAGAGUAAUAAAAUAAUUGGCCUCACUAUGAAAUGUAAAAUCUGGGUAGGAUUUGGCACGACCCAGUCUGAAUGAUCAUGAGGGUUUUAGAGACCAUGAGAUGGUUUUAACCCAGUCUAAAGGGGUCUUACAAAAUCCUGGGAGUUGUUAUUAAAGACUUUAUUAAAGAAAAAGAUCAUCUAAAGAAAAAGGUUACAGUUAUCAACGUCAUGUAGAAAGAGAAGAAAGUUUAAAGUCCUAUGUGAAGUUACAUUUUUUGCUUCUGUAUGUUAAGGUAGUUGAUUACAAAAUGAAAUUAUUAGACAUAUAAUGUCCAAGAGAAGAAUAAGAAAAUCAAAGCAUUUCAUUUUCCAGUAAAACUGAUAUGAAAGCAUCUUCCUUAGAAGUCUACUAAAGAGCUAUGUCAAAGUCUGACACAUAUAGUCAUAGUUUCUGCUGUUUAACCCCUUCUUUCAACACCGGAGGAUGCAGAAAGUUUGCAUAUAGCAGAUCAUAUUAGUAGGAUCCAAAUAUUUGCAUUGCAACUUAUUUCUAUUUUCAACAUGGGGCUCCUUUUACUUCAGGGAGGUGGCUUGUGGACAGUUGCGACGGAUGUUAGCAUGUGGUUUUGAACACCACCGUAAAUGAAUGGGUUUUGGUAUGCUGAAGACAUUGAGCACUUUUUGAGGAACACAGUAAAGGCUGGGAUCGGGUGAGAAGAUUCACUUCAACUGCAUUAAUGAAACCUAUGGUUGUUUUUUGAGGAUUGCACAGCUUUGUCACAUUGAUAAACUCUGAUAUUGUGUUAAUUAACUGUCAACUUGUCAGUGAAAGUUUAUAUACUGUAACUGUAUGUGCACAAGAUAAACUGACAAGGGUCGCUUUCACUCUACACACCAACUCACAAAAAUGUUAACGUUCUGAAAUACCUCUUUUACAGCUUUUUCCUUUACUUCCUCCUUCAGUGCUUUUCUUUCUUUUAUCCUUUGAUUUUAUUUUGCAAAUGUAAAGGUUUUUUUUUGUCUAAUUCUAGUUUUAGAAACACAAGGGUGCAUCUAAGUCAAAUUGUUCCAGUUUGACGACUCUAUGUUUUCUAAAGCUAAUUUCAUAUAUAUUUUUUGCAUGGAUUCCAGCAAAGCUUACCUGUAUAUUAUCACUGUAUAUCACAGAUAAUGGAUGUUAAAGUGUAUGUGAUGUUUAUAAACCUGUUCAUAGGGGUAGGUUUGCAGACAUGGUUUGCUCAGUCCGAAAUUAACAAAUAUUUUAGAGAAUUAGUGAAAAGAUUUUGAUUGUGACGUUUGAACUCUCAAAAGGGAAUCCUGUUGGUACAGUGCCUUGCAAGAGUAUUUUUAUAUAAUCAUUCGAACACAUGGACACGCUUUCAAUUUACCUUCAAUCAAAUGUCGCCCUAACUCAAAUCAUCCAAGUAUCUUCAAAGAGUCUUCAGCAGCAGCUAGUAUUGCAAUGAAUCUGAAAAGGCCUCUGACUGAAGACUGUCUCUGUAUGACAGUCAUGACAUGUGGAUUAAUAUUUGGGCAGCAGAGGCGAUAUUUCACAGUACCAUGUGGAAUAUCUGUUGUUGACAAGAGCUGCUAAUCCACCUCAUUUACUUUUACUGCUCCAGGAUUGUCCAGUAUAUAGUUCCAUCCAUCUUGCUUCUGUAUGCUUCGUUGUCCUUGCGGAAAAAAUAAACAAGCAUCCCCACGUCAUGCUUCUGCCAUCACCAUGUCUCUCCAUGGGGCGUUUUGCAUGCAGGCCAGGAAGCUUAAUUUUGAUCUCAUCUGACCAGAUAAACUUUUUGACAUAAAAUGUACUAAUGUUUCAUUAGUGAAUACUUCUGCAAGGAACUCUAAAUCAAUACACAUAACACAUAGUUUAGGUUUAGAACUAGCACUACUGACUGAGUAUAAUUCAUGUCUGCAGAACCUUUCCUGCUAUAUGUAUUUGUGUCUUUGACCCCAGUUACAUGAAGCUGUGUUGCUGUACACUUACUGUAUGGAUAGUGAAUCAGUUUUAUUCUGACAAGCUUAAUUCUAGGACUCAUUUUAUUUCUGUCCUGUCAAGUGAACCAUAGAUUUUCUCUCUGACCUCUUCCCUUAAAUUUUGUGUCAAUAUUCGGAUUUCUUUUUUAUUUUAUUUUUAUUUUAUUUUUUUUACAUAUUAUGGAUCAAACUGGAGUUGGAAGGUGGCACAACUUGCUCAAUGAAAAGCAGACAGACUAUACCCCUAAUUUUGACAUCUUGCUGAAAUUAAUGAAUUUGUGUUUGAGGUUCUGAAAAAAAGUCAUAUUUGCAGAUUGGUGCUUAGUUCAGUAUCAGUCAUUCAUUUCCCUUGGUUUGAGGUUGACAGCUACCUGCUUUGUUUCUACAUCGUGAGCAUCUAUGGAUGUAUUUCUGUUUCACUUUGGUGGUGUUUUCUCUGGUUCUGUGGACAGAAUUCUUUCAUUAUCCCUCUGCAGUGUGAUACUGCAUGGAGCCUGUUGGUUUUUAAUCUUACAAGCUCAAUACACUCAGGCAUCCUCGCUCAGAUGUAAAUAGUUUUUCUUUUUUUUUCUUUUUUUUUUUUCUUGCAAUAUGUGUACAACACAUAUCAUCAUAAGCUGUUUUUCUUCCUGUACUGGUAUGUUUCUGUGAAAUAAAUACUAUUUUACCACA